AUGGACCCACAACUUAAACCACGUGGUGGACCCUCCUCUUACAAAACAGGCCCACAAAAAUUAUUUCAAGUAAUCCAAAAUUGUGAAGCCUCCUCUUCAAAAACAGGUCCACAAUUUAAACCACGUGGACCCUCCUCUUCUAAAACGGGUCCACAAUUUAAACCACGUGGACCCUCCUCUUCUAAGGACUCACAACUUAAAGCAUUUCAAAUAACCCAAAAUUGUAGACCCUCCUCUUCUAAAUCAGCCUCUUUGGUUAAACCAUUUAAAGUCUCCAAGAAGACAAUAUCUUCUGAAAACUUCAACAAUAAGACAUCAUGGUCAAAGGUUCAAAGAACCAAUGAACCUGAGGAAAACAACCCACCACUAUUCAAAAGCUUUAAAAAGAAAGUUGAAGCUACAAAACCGCAUUUACAGCAGCGUUAUUCUGAUGAUGCAACUUCAAGUUACAGCAACAACAAAGAGAAAGACAGAACAUCCUUUGAAAACCAUUCGUCAUUGAUUUCUCAUGAAAAGGCAAAGAACAAAGUAGAAUUUGCAUUGAAGCACUUUCAAACCUUUGUAAGGACGUCUACUCUUUCCGGUGAUGCAAUUCCUAUUGAAGCGUCAAAAAUUCUGAAACGUAGAGGCAAAUUUGUUCACGAUGAGAAAAAGAUUAUAGGAGAUGUCCCAGGAAUAGAAGUUGGUGACGAGUUUCAGUAUUUUGAAGUACUCAAUGUUGUUGGUCUCCAUCGUAAUAUCUUCAAUGGAAUUGAUCAUGUCAGACAUAAAGGGGAGUUGAUUGCAACUAGCAUUGUUUCUUGCCGGUUAUAUGACGAUAAACUUGAUGAUGCCAAAUUGGUGAUUUCUACUGGAGAACAAGGUAAUGUUAUUAAUAAUCAAAAUCAACUUAAAGAAAAUCUUGCAUUGAUCAACAGUUAUUAUGCUAAGAAUCCUGUUAGAGUUAUAAUUAAGUUAAAUUCAAAGAAUGGUAGUGGUAGACUUAAUGGUGGUGAAAAAUAUUGUUAUUAUGGUCUUUACAAGAUUGAUAGGAUUGAUCCAGAAAUUGGAAAAUCGGGUUACAAGCUUCUUUUGGUUAAAUCACCUGAUCAGAAAAAGGUUGUUUGCAGUGAAUUGAGGAAGUAUAAACAAAUUGUGAAAAGGGAAAAGUGCUUGGAAUUUGCUGAAGAUGUUUCUAUGGGAAAAGAGUAUCUUCCUAUACCUAUGAUUAAUUGUGUGGAUUCCGAAAGUGUUCCGAAUUUUCGAUAUAUUACUCGUAUGGUUAAUCGGUGUAAGUCUAAAAUGGUCAAUCCUCUUGAAGGAAAUGUUGGGUGUGAAUGUGUUGGUAAUUGUUCUGAUUCUGAUAAAUGUUCUUGUGCUGUGAAGAAUGGAGGAAAAUUUCCAUUUAACAGAAAUGGAACUAUUGAGGCAACAAAAAAGGACGUAGUUUAUGAGUGUGGUCCUUAUUGUAAGUGUUCUUCGAAAUGUCGCAAUAGAGUUUCUCAAAAUGGAAUUAAAUUUCCUCUUGAGAUUUUCAAGACUGAGGCAAAAGGAUGGGGUGUGCGGUCAGAAAAGAAAAUUCCUUCAGGAAGUUUUAUAUGUGAGUAUUUAGGUGAGAUAAUUGAAGACAAGAAAGCUCUGAAAAUGAUUGACAACGACGAGUAUUUAUUUAACAUUGGUAAUACAAAUCACAUGGAUGGCUUGUUUACCAUCGAUGCGUCUAAGUAUGGUAAUGUGGCGAGAUUUAUCAACCACAGCUGUUCUCCGAAUUUGUUUUGUCAAAAUAUUCUUUUUGAUCAUGAUGAUGUUAGGAUGCCACACAUCAUGCUAUUUGCAGCCGAAGACAUUCCGCGAAAGACAGAGCUGACUUACAAUUACAAUUACAAGAUAGGUCAAGUGGUUGAUAAAGGAGUUGUGAAGAAGAAGUAUUGCUAUUGUGGAGCUUCCGAAUGUGUUGGUAGACUGUAUUAAUGAGUUUCUCAAAAAAGGUGACAUUCAAGCCUAGCAGUUUCAGCUUUUAGUUUCUCUGCAACCAAUAUUCCCUUAGACUUUAGUUUCAUUGCUGCAAUUGCAAUGUUCAGCAAAAACAAUAGAUUGGUUAUUUACUGGAGUGCAAUUACUUUAGA